AUGGAUGAAAAAGGUGUUCCUGAAAAUCCUACCGAGCCAGAAUAUCAUACGGAGGGAGAUGGAGAUGGUGCAGACAAUAGCGAUACUAAGGAGGCAGAAACAGGCAGUUCCACAGACAUAAAAGAAACUUGUCGUAAUCCAGAAAGUGAAGUGAAAGAUGUUGAAUGUGACUUAAAAACUGUGUGUGAUACUGAAAAAACUUCAGAGCUUCCAAAUCAUGUGGAUCAUAAUUCCAGUAAAAAUAGUGGUGUGGUGCAGGAAAGUGAAUCUUAUGAUAAAAGUGACAGUAAAGAAUCUUUAAAGUGUGAUGAAGUAAGCAGUACACCAGAUAAAGUUAGCAAAGAGGCAUCAGAUAAUAGUACACAUGAAAGAUUAAAAAAUGUAGAUAUUACUGAAGAAAGUCCAAAGAAAGAUGGAGAUGAAUUUAUACAAGAAUCAAAUUCUGAGGGGAUCUCUCAGAGUGAUAACAAAGAUAGUGUAGAAGAAGUAGCAGAUAAUGAAGACAGAGAAGAAAAAAAGGAUGAAGUAGGGAAGCCAGAAUUUGAAACAGCACCUAAUGUUUCAAUUGAUGAGCCUCAAGAAGAUCAUACACAGGCUCUAGAUCCUUUUGAUGCUCUCUUGAGAGAUCGAAGCGAUUCCACCACAGAAACAGCCGAGACUGCAACCCAAGCGACUGUAAACGUUGUCGACGUAGAUGAUGACCAUGAUGUGUACAAUGCCGAUGACCACGGUGAAGAACAUGCUGACGACCACACUGAUGACCAUGUUGGUGAUGACCUUGUUGAUGACUUAACACAGGACGAUGAUGAUGAACAUCAUCCAGAAGACACGUCGUUAGACGACAGCGUGGUGUCGGGGCUGGGCGAGGAGCCCGGCGCGGACGAGGAGGUGUGCCUUCUGCCCGACACCGAGCGAGAGAUCUCCGAAGCCGACAAAGCCGAGGCCGAGAAGGCGCUCGCCGAGAAGAGAAAGCAGGCCGAAGCCGCUGCAUCUGCAAUACUAGAAGGGACUGAGCCCAAAAAGGAGAAUGAGUUUGCUGGCGAGGAAGAAAGGAGAAGCAGUACGGAGGAGCCAACGCAAAAUGAUGAGGAAUGUGAUGCAGGAGAUCACCCUGCGGGGGAAGGCGAAACGGACGACGCUGCUCAUGAAAACGGAGAUAAAGAGAAUGAACAUGAUGACUCUGCAGAAGCUGAAGCCAGCUUUGUGUCUAACACUAUACAAGAGAUAAGUCCCUGCACUGCUACAUGUGUUCAAUGUAAAACGGAAACAUCCUGUAGUUAUCGAUUCGCCACUAAAGAAAUUACCGAAAAUUACGUUUGCGGUGAAACCUGCCUCAAAGGCUUCAUCGCCAAUCACCCAAAUCAAUACACCGUAGCCUAUAAGAAGUAUCUAGUUGAGGAAAUAGUACCGAAGCUCAUGACAUGCUCGGAGUGCGAGGAGAAAAAAGUAUGCUAUUUUUAUUACAAUUUCGACGGAGAAGACACGAACUAUUGCUCCAUCGAAUGCUUGCACAGCAUGAUGGCCGACGAAAGGGACAAAUACGUUUUCAGAAGGAGACGGAUAAUAGUGGAGGAGAAACCGCGAAAGGACGCCGAAUGUUUAGUGUGCAAAGAAACGAAGAAAUGCAUGUACACCAUGAUGCGGUACGGGAAGCUUUACUCGAUAUGCGAACAUAGCUGCAUAAAAACGUUAAACGACGCGGAAAACGGGAGGUACACCGUGAGGAAGAGGCGUACGCCCAGGAACCAGACGCAAACGAACACGACGCAAGCGAACAAUCCCCCCUUGCUUAAACUGAAAGUGAUUAGUAACGCAACGGACAAGUAUUUGGACGAGGCGUACAAAAUCAAAGCGAAAACCCCAGCGAUGAUCCAGGCCGCGAGGGAGGAGAGAGAGCGCACGUUUGUUCGCCACUGCUCGCAGUGCAACUCGGUACUAACUUCGGAGGACAAAAUGCUGAUGUGGGAGACGAUGGAUUUCUGCAACGAAGUGUGCCUGGGACGGUAUCAGAACCAGAUCGGAUCGAGAUGCGCCAACUGCUCGAACGCAGUACAGCACACCAGUCUGGGGAAGUACUGCGUGCGGUUCGGCUACGACAUCCGUCAGUUCUGCAAUUCCGGCUGCCUGGAGGAGUUCAAAAAGGGACUAAAGAUCUGCUGCUACUGCCAAAGGGACAUCUCGAUGGGACACCAAGGAUUCCUGGCACCCGUCGGCGAUAAAGGGCAAUUUAAAGACUUCUGCUCGCAAACGUGCAUGGAGAAGUUUGAUCAAAUGAGUAAAAACCCGGUCCCCAAACCCGUUUGGGCCAAAUGUGCAGUUUGCUCAUUACAGAAGGGUACACCGAUUGAGGUGGAGGUCAGUGAAGAGGUUACACAGAGGCUAUGUUCCGAUCCCUGCUUUGCCGCUUUCAAAUUUGUAAAUAACAUAUUUCCAGAUCAGUGUCGGUGGUGUAAAAAGUACUUUGAAAGGAAAGCGUCCAAGUUCUUCACCAUCUACGAGAACUCCAAUCCUCAGUGUUUCUGCUCGAAGCCCUGCAUGAACGUAUACAUAAGCAACUCGAGGCACAUAGUGCCGUGCAACUGGUGCAAAGUGAAGAAGUACAACUUCGACAUGAUCAAGCGCGUCCAGGCGAACGGUCAAAUGGUUCUGAUGUGCUCGCUGAACUGUCUAAAUCUCUAUCAAGUCUCCGUUAAUGCGGUUUCGUCCAGACGGACGAAAUGCGACAGAUGCAAGCGUACCUCAUUGGCUCAGUAUCACUUGACAAUGUCCGAUGCCACUGUAAGGAACUUCUGUACAUACCAGUGCGUCAUGUCAUUCCAGGGUCAAUAUUCCAAACAUGCGGCCCCUAUGGUGACGGGGGAAUCCGUGGAGCCGAAAGCGGUGCCUACCGGUGCGCCCAGACGGACGUACACGUCGGAAAAUAAGAACAAUGCUAUCAAGACACCUAAAACUAAUGCCGAAAUUUGCAAGGAAUAUCGCAAACGGAAGAAAGAUAAAAUGAAAAAGGUUCCAGAGAUAUCAGUGAAAAAAAAGAACAACGCAAAAAAGUGCCAAGAGUAUAGGUUGCGCAAAAAAAUGCGUGCCCUAGGAUACCAAUCGUUUGCUAAUCAAGAAUUACACAGUGGAGUGGACGGCACUCCAGAUUCGCCAACGACUUUUGGACCACCACCUUUGCUCGUUACGACUGCGUCCAAAGGGCAGCAGCGCGCUUCGGGGCUGCCGAUCAUCUCGAAGGUGCAGUCGCUGGCGCCGCCGCCGCUCGCGCCGUCCGUGACGCGGGGCAAGUCGAAGCGGCUGGCGGCGCAGGCCGAGCCGGAGCCGCCCCAAGCGGCCAGGAGCCCGCCCCCGCCGCCGCGGCCCCCCACGCCACCCCCGCCGCCGCCCCCCAAGGUGUACAACCACGUGAUCGUGAAGACGCUGCCGCCCCACGAGGUGGCCAACAAGGCGACCAUAGCGAGGCCGAUGACCGCCUCCAAGGGCGUCUCCUGCCGCCCCCACCCGUGCACCAAGGAGUGCCAGACGGACCCGAGCCUCGAGCGGCGCGUGCUGAUCCCCAUCCCGGUGCCGAUCUACGUUCCCGUGCCGUGCGCGAUGUGGUCCCUGCCGUUCCCCGUGCCCGUGCCGAUUCCCCUGCCGAUACCGACGCCCGUUUUCAUACCGACUACCAGGAACUCUGCCAAGGGCAUAAUGAAGGAGAUCAACAAAAUCCACGACAAGAUGCCGACGGACCCCUUCGAGGCGGAGCUGCUCAUGAUGGCCGAAAUGGUGGCCGGCGAUAAGAAGAAGGACCAGAGCGAUUCCGAUACGGAGGAUGAGAAUGAGGAAAGCUUUAGCCCUGUUGGUGGAAUGGAUGGAAACAAUUUCGGCGAAGAUAUGCUCCAAAUGGCGCUCAAAAUGGCGACGGAAUAUGAAGACCAGCCUGUUGACCUCGAAUCCGCUAUGACCGCUAAUACUAUAACGCCGAGUUCGCAUCCUGGCAUGCCAGGUCUCGAGGGCGAGGGGAUGCACGCGCACCAGAUGAUGCUGCUGGAGCAGCAGCGCGCCGUGGCGGCGCUAAGGGCAGCCGCGCCGAGGAAGCGGGCGCCCGCCGCCGCGCCGGACGCGCCGCCCGCGCGGCCCGCGCGCUCCAAGCGGCGCCGCGCCGAGCCGGCGCCGCCGCCGCCCGAGCCGCCGCGCGAGCCCCAGGAGAAGCCCGACGCCAACAUGUGCCUCAAGUACACGUUCGGCGUCAACGCGUGGAAGCAGUGGGUCAUGACGAAAAACGCCGAAAUAGAGAAGAGUUCGAUCCGCCGGAAGCCGUUCAAGUCUGAGAUCCUGCAGUUGACUGCGGACGAGUUGAACUACUCGCUAUGCCUCUUCGUCAAGGAGGUGCGAAAGCCCAACGGAAGCGAAUACGCACCCGACACGAUUUACUACUUGGUCCUAGGUAUACAGCAAUAUCUUUUCGAAAAUGGCAGGAUAGACAACAUAUUCACCGAUCCAUACUAUGAGAAAUUUACGGAUUGCUUAGAUGAAGUAGCGAGGAAGUUUUCAGUUUUAUAUAAUGAUUCUCAGUACAUAGUAACAAGGGUUGAAGAGGAGCAUCUAUGGGAGAGUAAACAAUUAGGAGCACAUUCACCACACGUUCUUUUGUCUACGCUAAUGUUCUUCAAUACUAAGCAUUUUAAUUUAGUGACUGUAGAGGAACACAUGCAGCUUUCAUUCUCACACAUAAUGAAGCAUUGGAAAAGAAAUCCCAAUCAGCCGGGACAAGCUAAGAUGCCCGGCUCAAGAAACGUGUUACUACGCUUCUAUCCGCCACAAUCUGCGCUAGAAGCAAAUUCGAGAAAGAAAAAAGUUUAUGAACAGCAGGAAAACGAAGAGAACCCCCUGAGGUGUCCUGUCAAACUGUAUGAAUUUUAUAUCUCAAAAUGUCCAGAAUCGGUGCGCACGCGCAACGACGUUUUCUACCUGCAGCCCGAGCGGUCUUGCGUCCCCGACUCGCCUGUAUGGUACUCAACGCAACCGCUAAGCCGCGCCGCCCUCGCGAAGAUGCUGCACCGCGUCAAAAUGGUCAAGGAGAUCAAUAUCGCGCUGCUCACCAGC